GUGAGCAGCCCCAGCUAUCCUUAACUAAUCCCAUUGCUUCUCAGUUUGGAUACAGCUUGGCUUAGUACAGAGCAGGAAUUUUACUGCUUGCUGUUAUCAGGUUAAACAGUAAAAUUUUGUCCAUGUUAGAACUCAUAGAAGUGAAUGGAACCCCUGGUAGCCAGCUUUCUACUCCCCGCUCUGGGAAGUCUCCAAGCCCAUCUCCCACCAGCCCAGGAAGUCUACGGAAACAGAGGAGCUCCCAACACAGUGGCUCCUCUACCUCAUUAGCAUCCACCAAAGUUUGCAGCUCUAUGGAUGAAAAUGAUGGACCUGCAGAAGAAGUGUUGGAGGAAGGUUUCCAGGUUCCAGCAUCGAUAGCAGAGCGAUACAAAGUUGGAAGGACUAUAGGAGAUGGAAAUUUUGCUAUUGUGAAGGAGUGUAUAGAAAGAUCAACUGGUAGAGAAUAUGCUCUGAAAAUAAUCAAAAAAAGUAAAUGUAGUGGAAAAGAACACAUGAUCCAGAAUGAGGUAUCUAUUUUAAGACGAGUCAAGCAUCCCAAUAUUGUACUUCUGAUUGAGGAGAUGGACAUGCCAACUGAGUUGUACCUUGUCAUGGAACUUGUAAAG